AUCACCAAAAGAUUAUUGCAUCCGGUAUUAAACAAUACACUAUGAGCCAUGCCAACUACAUGGAAGGUGUUCCGGUUAAGAUAGCAGAAAAAUAUAAACCACCACCAGAAAUCUACAAAUUACCCCAGUCAUUAGUAAACAAAUUGAAUUUGCCAGAAAACUAUUACAAAGAUUCGCCACAAUUUCAAUAUGAUUUGCAACUGGAGCGAAAGGCUCUGACGAAGAUCGGUGAAUGGAAACGGAUACGACAGCGUAAUAAGAAUGCUAGACUGGAACGUAAAACAAAACGGGAAUUGCAACGACAAGAGGAUGAAAAAAGACAAAGAAAUUUGCUAAUGUGUGUCUCAUAUCCAAGUGCCGAUGAAUUGUCGUCAUCUGGCAGUGAAGCUGAGGCGGAUACGACGGAAUCGACAACAGCAAAAACGAACGGAACCCCAACCGCAGUGACUGUAGAAAGCUUUCCGGAAAUAUGUGUAACCAAAUCGGCCAACAGCUUCCACAACAUCUUACAACCCACAGUAUUGUCCAAUUAUAAUAGUCCAACCAACAACACCAAUAAUAGUAUCGCCAACAAUGUAAAUUCCCUAGUUCAGUCAACGUCGUCAACAUUUAAUUAUAAAGAUUUCGAGGAUGAUACAUCGUCACCGUUCGACAACAUAGAAUUGAAAACUAUAAAUGAUUUAGAUGUUUUGGCCCAGGUACUGCAUAAUACUCAGUUGAAGUCGGACAGCAAUGGACAAGAUGAUAAUGUUGAAGCAUCAAACUCGGCCGCUCCAGAUGUGGCAAAAGAGAAUGCAGAAAACAUGCAAAGUACAGCGGUAACUACUGGAGCCCAGAAUAAUCUUCAAAACGAAAUGUUCCUUAGUGAAAACAUUCCAAUCAAAGUAAAACCAACAACAUAUUUACCAAAAUUUAGCUAUGACCUUGGUAAUUUAAAUUCAGCUCAGGAAGCUCAAAACAAACUUAAUGAUUACAAUGCAGCGGCGUUGAACUAUAACAAUAUCAAUACAAUACUAUCUCCUCACCAACAACAACAGCAGCAUCAUCAGCAAAUUACUGGUCUCGAAAAUCAACCAACCCACUAUCAUACGGUACAUGCAUUUGGUAAUGUUGGCUAUAACUACAACAGUAUACAUCCCCAGCAUGCCAAUGUAUAUGCAGCGUCCGGUAUUAAUGCUAGCCAAACGUCUGAUUUGGUAUCACAGGACACCAACAAAUGGAAAAGUGUUCCCGAUAUUCUUAAAGAGCUUAGAGAUGAAAUACGCAAUUCGGAGUUAAGGCGUACCAGGAAUUGUAGCCACAAUUUAGAUAAUGAUGCAACAACAAAUAGUGUGGUGGUGGAGGAUGAUGUAUUCUGUAAAUUGGAUUCCAAUGCCAAAAAACUUGCCGAACAAAUUAGUUGUAUGGGUUUCCCUAAAUCUCGUGUGGCUAGAGUGGUUCAAUUACUGGGGGCUGAUGAUAAAAAGAUAAUUGAACAUCUAAUACCCUUAAGCGAAUUGGCUGAUUUGGGUUUCGAUGAAACAAAAAUAUCCGAAGCUUUAUUACGCAAUGAAAAUAAUAAAAAUAAAGCUCUAGACGAAUUAAUUUCAUAGUUCAACAACACUUCACUUGUGAUCAUACUCUUGAUAUAC